AUGGAUUAUAGAUGCUGGGUUGCUGUUUGGGAUCUAGUGCACGAAAAGUAUAUGAGGUGGUCAUUCAUUUUCGACGAUUCGCUUGACAAACCAGGCAUUCUCAAGGCCUCGCUAACACACACUACAAUUAUUCUGAACACUUACCGCAACAUCAUGGAUGGUAGUGCUAUCGAUGCACCUUAG